AUGGAAAGGAUGAUGGAACAACUCGAUCAGAUAAGGAAAGAAUGGGAAGAAGAAAAGCAGACAAGAGAAGAGGAAAGAAGGAAAGAAAAAGGGAAGGAAGAGAAGAAGAAUCUGGAAAGGAGAAUAGAGAACCUAGAAUGGGAAAAAGAGAAAAAAGAUAGAGAAAAACGGAAAAACAACAUAAUAAUGAGAGGAGUAAACAAAUGGGAGGAAGAUAAAAUUGAACAAGAGACAAAGGAGUUCAUAAAAGAGAACCUGAAAAUAGAGGUGGACAUAAUCAAGGCAUACAAAGUGCAGUCCAGAGGAGACAAAUGUACGGUAGUGGCAGAAGUAGGAAGCAAAAGAGAAGUAUGGGGAGCAAAAGAGAGAGAUAAUGGUCAAAAAGAAAGAACUAAGAGCAGGAGUCUUUAUAGACGACGAUCUAACGAGGAUGGAAAAAGAAAUGCAGAACAAACUGAGGGAGAAAGCGAAAGAAGAGAAAAAAGAAACAAGGUCAAGGUAGGAUACGGAAAGAUUAUGAUAGAAGACAAAUGGUAUCGAUGGAACACAAGAGAGAAGAAACUAAAGGAAGAGAAAAGAAGAGGAGGAGAAGAAUGA